CAACCCGUCGCAUUCCUUAUUUAGGUGCUUAUUUUGCAGCAGAAAAUGCGCGUAAAUAAUAAAUCGCUCUGAAAUUUGUGCAACUUUCAACUCAAUUUAGCCACGCCAAACGCAAGUGAACCUGAUUUUCGUCAAGCACUUCACCACCAGGCAGUGUGUACGCAAGCGAGUGUAAAGAACGUUCGCCCCAAAAAUGCAUAAAAAAUGGCGCCGCACCAGUUUGGUCGCCCGUGAAGAAUUUGUUAUUGUGAACAACCAACUCCCCCCACUGCAGCGAUAGUGUGUGCCGUCGUGGUCGGUCGUCGUCGUCGUCGUGGUCGUGGUCGUCAUCCCGUCGCUGGUCGUGGUGGUGGUUUCGUGAAGGAAAAAAAAUAAGUCGGAAUUUCCAGCCACAGUGUUACGAAAAGGGUGUGUGAAUAGUAAAGUCUGGUGUUGCGACGCCUUAAAAGAAAAGGAAUCAAAAAGUGAAAGAAAAGUCCUCCCGUCCGGGGAGUGGAGAAGCAGCUCGCCACAAGUUGGAUGCGUGUCGUCCGGGGGCACUGUCUCAGCAAGUGCACAGAGCGUGUAUAAAGUGUACCAAGUGUGUGUGUGUGUGUUUGUGCGUGUGUGGAUGAUUGUUUUUAAUUUAGCAACGACGGCGAAAACAGCAGCUCCUCCUCGCAGCCGGGGGCAAACAGGCAGCAGCAACCAACAAUAACAGAGCAACACCAUCAUCAUCACCAUCAUCAUCAUCGUCAUCACAGAGACAUGGCUGACCAGAACGAGAAAAUUCUUCAUCGCCUGCUGCAACAGGACGGGAACAGCAUUUGUGCGGAUUGUGAUUCGAAAAAUCUAGAAUGGGCCUCAUACAACAUCGGCAUCUUCCUGUGCACCCGGUGCUGUGCGGUCCAUCGCAGCAUGGGUGCGCACAUAUCGAAAGUGAAGCAUCUCAAGCUGGACAAAUGGGAGGACAGCCAGAUCCAGCGCAUGAUCGAUGUGGGCAAUAAGUCGGCCAGACUGAAGUACGAGAACCGUGUGCCGGCUUGCUAUCGGAGACCGAAAGAAAACGAUCCACAGAUACUGAUCGAGCAAUGGAUAAGGGCAAAGUACGAGCGGCUAGAAUUCUGCAUGAUCGAACGCCCCAGCUACACGUCCGGCCGGAUGGAAGGGUUCCUGAUGAAGCGCGGCAAGGAGGACAGCCGCUACCAGCCCCGCAAGUUCGUGCUGUCCGGCCUGCACGACACGCUGCGGUACUACGUGAAGGAAAAGCGCGAACCAAAGGCCAUACUGCGAAUAUCGGAGCUGAACGUGGUGUACGCACCGUCGAAAAUCGGCAAUCCCAACUCGCUGCAGCUCACGUUCAUGAAGGAGGGUACCACGCGGCACAUCUACGUGUACCACGACGAUCCGGAGGUGAUCAACAACUGGUACAUGGCGAUACGGUGCGCCAAGCUGCACCGGUUGCAGAUCGCGUACCCGAGCGCCUCCGAGAGCGAUCUGGUCGAUCUGCUGACGCACGAUUUCACGCGCGAGGGCUGGCUGCUGAAGACGGGACCGCGGGCGACCGACAGCUACAAGCGGCGCUGGUUCACGCUCGACGAUCGUAAGCUCAUGUACCACGACGAUCAGCUCGAUGCGCACCCCAAGGGGGAAAUCUUUCUCGGCAACCAGCUGGACGGGUACUACGUCCGGAUAGGGGCGCCGCCCGGUGCCAAAGAUCAGGGCUACAGUUUUACGCUCUUCACGCCCGAGCGGGUGUACAACAUGUCGUCGCACAGCGAGCAGGACCGGGACGAAUGGAUCGCGGCGAUACAGAACGUGCUGGAGCGGCCGCUCAGCCCGCAGGACAAUUCAAUAUCGGCCCGACUAAUACGCAAGCGCGGCGGAACCAACCCAAAGAAUAUCUUUACGGGUAGGUAAUACAGUGCACAGGAUCCUUCGUCCGAUGGGACGCUAUUGUAAGAAGCAACGGAAAGUUGGCCAGCAUCGCCAACCGAGCAAACAUCAGAUCAUGGCGGAACGAUCAAACUUCCGACCCGAUGUCACGUGACACCUGGAAAUCAGCUGGUUUUGCUUGAGAAAGACAACCAGCAGGGCCACAAACUCGAUAUAGAGGUUGAGACACCGUUCGGUUUCUUCUUCGGUUAGCGAACAAAUGCUGAGUAGCACACUACCACAGUAACACAUAUGCGCAGCUUACAAAGCAGCAAAGGCUAACACGUUGGCUUUGGCUUGGGCCAACCAUUAUAUCAACCUACAUACUACUAUCACCAUAGAUCUAGUUUCUCAUUUCUAGACUGCAACGCAGCUCCAUCGAAAGCUUUGGUUACGUUGUGUGUGUGUGUGAGAGCCUGCAAAAGCUGUAAAAAGUGCUUCGUAAUGGGAAUGAUAAGCACCGAAAGACCUCUGGAUGGUAUUUAUUUUCAUAUCGUUUAUUCGCUAGUUUUGAUUUAUGGACUAAAUGAGAGCGAAAGAGUGGGAGGUAGAUACUAGCUAAGGAAUGCACAUAAAGCCAAGCAGACACUUUAAUCACGCACCAAUGCGAUCUAUUUAUUGACACAGAACACAGAACUAAAUAUUAAAAAUAAGCGCAACAAGCAGCUGCAUCGAUCGCUGAGAAAUACUCAGCCAAAUUGACUACGUAGAACUAUGUUUUAAUAGCAGGGCAAAUAAGUUUUGCGAAUGUACAUUUCCUUCCCGAAUCUUUUUUAUACCUCCCUCCCUGUCUCUGUAUAUCAGUUCUGUGUCUGUUUCUGCUUCAUUGCACACGGAGAGGUGUAUAUGCACAAACUAGAUACACACACGUUGACGCAAAAUGCACGCAUUUUCUUUUUGCUAAACCCCGUUUAGAGCAAGAACAAAAUAAGAUUAUUAAAGAAUUAAUUUGUUGUGGAUAGCACACACACAGUACACAGUUUCGUUUCCGUAAGGGGCAGAAGAGGCAAUCGUUUUCGCACUAAAAUGUAGGUGUGUGUUUAUUAAACGAUCGUAACGCGCUAGUAUAACAAUGACAACCCGUGCAGGAGAAGACAGACGGCGUAGAAUUGAAACGAUAUAACGAAACUAAAAAGAAACAAACAGCUAAGCUAAGGUAAUGCAAUUUCUACUGGCUGAAAAAACAGAGCCGGAAGUAAAAAUAAGAUUUAGAAGUACAUUUUGCUUACAGAUUUCGUAAGCGGCAUUAGAUAGGCAAAAUUAAAUUGAAGCAAAGAUGAGUGGUGAGAUAUGCGUAUCGACGAACGAAGAGCUGCGCAACGCCACGCAACAAACACUCAAACCUCAGUUCGAUUCUAGCACAAGCUGCCGGAACCGCAGACUUUAACAUGCAAUUGGCCAAUAUUGCGUGUGGUGUGUGUGUGUGUGUAGUAGUAGAUUAACCGUCGUGUGUGGUUCCUAUAAUGCCCAGGUGGCGAAUCGCUCUCAGGGCAGCUCUAGAGAGAAAACUGCCAGCUAACUGUUUUAGUGUUCUGUGUCGGUUUUAAACGUAUUUUUCUUUCGUUUUUUUUUAUACAAACUACGACAUUUCAUCACAGAAGAAACUGAAAACACAGGCACAUAAAGAAAAAGGCAAAAACCCACAAAUGAAGAUCACGUCACACGAUACUCUGCUCAAAUGACUUUGUUUUAUUGACGAAGAAUUGUAAACCCAAACGUGGUGAGAAUGUAAGCGAAAGGAGGAAGGAACGAACUACAAUAAUCACACAAACAAGCAACACUAAAAAACCGGAUCGAAAUAUGCCCCCCCCCCCUCACAAACAAUUUACA